AUGGAGUGGUCGACCACACACAUCCCAAGAGAAGUGAAUGUAGAAACAGAUGCAUUGGCCAAUUUGGGGUCGUCCACGGAGAUGAAAGGAUAUGAUUCCGGUACUGUCGUUCAACUUAUGCAUUCGGCGAAAUCAACCAAUAAGGUGAUUAUUCAAAACCUCAAAAAGAGGUUGGAAGUAGCUAAAGGCAAGUGGCCUGAAGAGUUACCGGGUGUGCUAUGGGUAUACCGGAUGACUGCAAAAUCAAGCACGAGAGAGACACCUUUCUCUCUUAUACACGGCGCAGAAGCUCUGAUCCCGGUGGAAGUAGGAGAACCAACCUUACGGUUCUUUCGAAUAGACGAAGAAGCAAAUAAUGAGGCAUUGCUGGUAAAGCUGGAACUGCUCGAUGAGUGCAGGGACUUGGCAUAG